UUUUGAUCUAUUACGAAUAUCUAAACUUCAGGAUCUUACUAUCGAUAAUCAAUUGGUAAUUGUCGCGAAUGAUUGUUAUACCAGAAUAUCCAUUGGUACAAAAUUACCGGAUAAAGAUAUUUCUCUGAUUAUCAAAGUGGAAAGUAUUUCCGAUUGCGAAGAUGAAUGUUCGAAAAGACGAAACUCUUGUGCUGCCUUUAGUUUUGGGAUUAGUCAAAAAGGAAACACGAGUUGCGAGUUGAGUUCAAAAAUACCAAAUCCGGAAAAUCUAAAAGCUAAUUCUGAUUACGAUGUUUAUUUGCGUACACAACGUUUACCGAAUUGUGAAUCCGAUCGACUUUAUAAAACUGAAAACAAUGGAAAUGAAAAAUUAAAAAAUGAUACGAGAAUGAAUUCACGAUUUGCCGGUGGUCUAUUUGGAUCGGCAUUGUCUAAUAUUUAUCAACCUACAAGAUCUGAAAAUAAUGAAAAUAGAGCAAACAUUCAACAAUCGUCAUUCGACGACAAUCUACGUAUCAUAGAUAUCGUAAGAAACAAGAAUUAUGGUACCAGACCGAAAAUAUCUAUUAAUAAUCAAAACUAUCCAACUUUUGUUCAAAACGAAGAAUCCAAAUUACCGAUUGAGAAAAAUCCGCAAACAGGUAACAACAAUUUUGGACAAAAAAUAUAUUUCGACAAAGGAAAGGAACAUUCGUUUCAUUUUGAAGAUUCAGGAAUUACAAAAGACAAUGUAUAUCAUCCAGUACCAUUAAUUUAUCGUUCAUAUUAUGAUAACAUUUGGCAAAACAAAAAUCUGGACAAUUUUCGUAUGAAACCUUACGAAAUUUUGUCGAGACCCGUAAUCAACAUUUACGACGAAUGCACGAAAAAUGUGGCACAUGGAUUCAAUGAUAAUUAUAAAAAGGAUUUUUAUAAUAAUGAUAAAGACAAUAGUAUGAUUUUUAAAAAUGAUCAAAGUCAUACGAGCACAAUUUCACCUUACAAUCAAUUUAAUCAAAAUCCUACUCGAUGGAAGCCUCUACAAAGUGGAACGUUACAACAAUUUCAAUUGAAUCAAACUCAUCCAUUUGUUACUAAUCCAAAUGAUGAUUUUAUCAUUGGCUCUAAUGACUAUAAAAACUUCAUUAACGAUUAUUACAAGAAAUUGAAAAUCCCAGUUAGCGAAGAAAUGAAAUCGUGUUACCGAAGACUAUUAAGCGGCAAGAAAACUAUGCAAAUUCACGUAAGAAGAGCUGUCGAGUGUCAGAGAGUAGAAGAGUGCCAUCGAGCAUGCGAUUAUGAAAAAUAUUUCAUUUGCGAAGGCUUCAAUUACAGACGAUUAGGUCCUGGGUUACGUGGUAUGUGCGAGAUGACGUCAGUACCUUAUUCACGUUUAAACAUUAAUCGAGAUUUCCUAUCAGAUCCACAAUGCGAUUAUUAUGAAAAAGAUUCUAAUUGUCGUCGAGAUAUAAUAGAAUCUUAUAAUUCUGGAUCAAGACCAAAUUACGUAUCUGAUCGAAGACCUCCACCUCCUAGUGAAAUUCCACGGCCUAUCAUCUAUGAUAAUUAUGAUCAAAGACCGAUUUACCAAACAAUUCAGUCAGGAUUAUCAAUAAAUUUACCUAGACCAAUAAAUGGUAACAGACCACAGAGUUAUGAAGGUUCCUAUAAACCACCAAACGUCAAUCCAUUUUUUCAAAGAACUCAUUCUCCCGAUGGAAGACCUAUCGACAAUUUUAGUGGUAAUGGUUAUUCUUAUGGGAGACCAUUAGUUUAUAAACCUAUGUAUCAUGGUUCUAUCGAUAGACCUUUUAUUCCGAAAUAUCCUGAUAGGAGAGUCGAUUAUGGUCCUUAUGGUGAUAUAGGAACUAACGAAAUCGGACCAUAUUCAUCGGAUCGUCGGAAAGGUCCAGUUUAUGGUGGUGUUUAUGGUAGUUCGUACGGAUACGAUACAAAUUACGUCGGCCAUUUUGAUGUAUCCAAAUAUUAUCCAAAAAAUCCAUCCCAAGGGAAGAAGCCUGAUGGUAGACCUCAAGAAAACGAUCAUUUCUAUGGUGAAUUUUAUAAUUACGGUGGUGCAUUUGGUUAUGGUGAUAAUUAUAUACCAGCGGACAGAGAUCAAUUAUAUGGUGGAACGAAUAAGGAACAACGGUGCACAGUGAGAGCUGGUGCUGGUUUUAAACUUAUCAGAGGUGUUAUUAGAAAGACAUAUUUAACACCGAGUUUAGAGGAAUGCGAGAGUCUCUGUUUGAAUGAGAAUCUAUUUAUUUGUAUGACUAUGGGCUACAGAUACAACAUCGCUGCUACUGAUCCUACGGACAAUUGUUUACUCACCGAUAUCUCUUAUAGGGAUUUAAAUUUUUAUACCGACAUCGAACCUAAUCGCGAUUAUGAUAUUUACGCGAUAAUAGGUAAUCCUAGAACUUGCGAUAUGAUGAUUCAACGACAUAAUCGUCAUCAUCAUCAUUACCCGCCUGAUGAAUGUUUCUGGAGAGUAAGAAGUGGCUUUGGUAUGCCAACAGAUGUAAUUAGGAAAUCAACUUCUGUUAAUGAUCUCGGAGAGUGUCAAGUGGAAUGUACGAUUUCUCGAGAUUUUACAUGUCGAAGUUUUGCUUUUAGAUAUGGAUUAGGUGGACCCCAAGAACGAAUUCCUUCUACAAAUUGUUAUCUUAGCGAUUGGCCAACUCAAGAAAUCAAUCCAACCAACAUGCCAGAUAUGGAUGGAGCUGAAUUAUACGAACGAGGUAGUUUUGGACGAGGUUGCGAGCCUUAUCCAUUUCCACCAAUUCAAAUUGGAGGACAGAACAAGUUUCCACGUGGAGAAGAUGUAUGCUAUUCCGGUUACAACAAACCAUGUAGACUUACGCCAUAUUCAGUAAUGCUAGCGGUAAACGUUGAUUCCGAGUCUGAAUGUCGUGACAAAUGUUCCAAAAUGAGACAGAAAGAUCCUACACCGUGCAUGUCCUUUAGUUAUAAGAUUCGAGCUGACAGAGGUGAUCAAAAUUGUCUUUUAAGCGACGUAUCGAUAAGGGAUUUAAGACCAGGAUUGGAUUAUGCUUACGACGACAAUCACGUUCUUUACGCUUGGAAGGAUCUUGAACCCCAAUGUAUGAUCACAGGAUAUUCCAUAGAUGAUAAUCAUGUUUUCGGUAGUCCAGGUCUUGGCUAUGGAAGACCUCUUCCCCAACCACCACCACUACAACCAGCUAGACCCGAUUUAGGUCCUGGAUCUGAUCAAUCUGAUGGGAUUUAUAUUCCUGAUCCUAGACCAAUUUAUGGGCAUGAAAUAUCUAGGCCUUUUAACAAUAAUUUUGAUCAUGGAUCAAGACCGUACGAUCCUGAUAGACCCGAUCCUCCUGUUAGACCACCACAUGAUCGUCCUUAUGGUGGUCAGGGAGAUUACGGAGAUAAUCAUGGAUACAUGGAUUAUAAUCAUUUUCAUGGAUCUUAUGGACAAGAUGAUAUCAUUCCACCAUCUCCUGAUUUUGCAACCUUCCAACAUUACACCGUAAACGGUUACCCAUGUAAACAGGGUACCAAAUGUGAGAAGAACGAUGUAGCUGGUUUUUGGUCAUGUGAAACGGAAGGAGGAGAACCUGGUAGUUGGGAUUAUUGUUGCGAACCUAGCCAUCGUUGUGGUUACUCUCAAGGAUUUCAUUAUCCAUGGUGUUACGUGGGUUUGUCCAACGAUCAAUGGAGACCAUGUAGCGAGAAAUAUUAUCCUUAUUUACCAAGUUCACGACCGAUUCAACACGAUAUCUAUGGUGGUUAUCAUCAUGGUGGUGGCUAUCAUAAUAAUGAUAACGGUGACCGAAACAAUGUAAAUUAUUAUGCAAGACAUUGGCCUGUAACUUAUCUUCACAGAGAACCACCACCAAAUUGUACAGACUCCUUGGCAUCUGCAAAUGACAGCAAAAAUCGUUUAUUAAACGACUCGUCGAUCGUUAUAUCGCAAAAUAACGAUCCACAAAAUAAUGGCCGCACUGCGAGAUUUAGAAAUCGUGUAUUUAGACGACGUCUGGUAUCUCGUACCACGAAUAUUGCAAAGAAUCGUUACGAUAAUGAAAAAGAACAUGAUGGUCAAAUAUUCUUCCCAGAAAAACUUGAUAAACAAAUCAACGAAGAUGAUUCUAAAUUUACGGGAAGCACUGAAACAAUUUUAAAACUUAAUUCGAAUUUCGCGCAUUUUAAUUCAACGGCGAUUGAAGCGCCAUUUAUUACGAAACAACAUAAUCGUAAUCAUUCGGAACGGUCGGUAAAGAUGAUCACACCUUUGACUCCGUCGGUAACGACGAACAGUGAUCAAUUUAAAAAAUUUAUUAAUAAUUUCACUUCAACAUUUUCUAAUGAUUCUAACGUUUCAGAAAUGACUAAUGGUUUUAUUAUUAAAGUAAACUAAACAUUUUUUAUUUGUAUAUACAUAUAUACAAUAUACAUAUAUAGAUAUUUUUUUAUUUUAUUUUUAGUACUUGCUUUAAUUCACAUAAAAAUUAUAACGCUAAAUUUAUGUGCGUUAAGAAUGAUUCUCCAUGUAAUGUUGAUUUACUAAUAAAAACUAUAU